AUGGCGGACAAUGGCUCGUCAACCCCCCAAUUCCUCGCGCCGCCGGCCGUUACGGCCUUGCGGCAGGAGGCUCGGAAUAUCAACCCGGUCAUGACGCGGACACUCAGUGAAGACAUGCGCGAGGAGCGGGAAGACUUGAAGGAAGCUGCCGAACAGACUCUGAACAUCAUCGUGGACCUCGACCUGGAGGGCCGCAUCAAGUGGGUGAGCCCGUCCUGGAGACAAGUCGUGGGCUCACCUCCCGAAUCGGUCGAGGGCCGCAUGAUCUCGGAGAUGUUGGUUGGCAAUAAAAAUGUCUUUCGCGAUGCGAUCGAGGUGAUGAAGGAGGACGACUCGCGUAGUCGAUUCAUUCGCUUCUCCGUCCAGAUGGGGCCGGACUCGGUCCUUCGAUACGCGCCCGAACCGCGUCCUAUUGAGUCGGAGAGUGAUACUGAGCGGGAAGGGAGGUCUCCCGGGGAGAAGACGACGGAUGAGCAGAUGGAGCCUUCGCAGGCCGAAGGCGAGGAUAACCAUGAUGUGUUGACCAUGGAGGGUCAAGGUAUCAUGGUGUAUGACCGCACGGAUGAUGAGGCCGGACAUUCCAUGUGGAUGCUCCGACCGCUCACUGAACCCCGCGAAGUGACCAUCGACCUGCCACCUCAGCUCGUAGAGUCACUUGGCGUCGGUGCAGAAGUGCUAGCGAACUACCUGACCGAACUUGCAGAAGCCGCAGCUAACGAACCGGAUCCCUCAAAACACCCCGCCCCGACGCCGGUGCUAUGUCGUAUUUGCGAACGCCAAAUCACCCCAUGGUGGUUCGAGAAACACUCUGAUCUAUGCCUGCAAGAACAUCGCGCGGAGAUGGAUGUACAAAUUGCGCAGGAGAACCUCAAUGAGCACCGCCACGCCAUCGUGAGGGUGCUGGAUGCACUGGAAGCUCGGCAAGGAAGGCCGUUGAUCAGCAACGAUGGCAACAUUCUCCCCCUCGUCCAGCCAGAGUAUAAAGGCUUGCCCAUUGGGCCGUCGCCCGUUAGCUCGGCACCAUCAUCAGCUCCCACUUCUAGUGUCAGUUCGGCGCCCGGGACACCACCCCGGUCUCGCGACCAUUCGGCCUCGGGCGUCACAACGCCUGGACGCCCUCGAGCCUUCACCGUUCGAAGACCGCUGGCUCGCAUUGUCGAGCUGGUUCUCGACUUGUGCGACACUGCGUUGGAGAUCAGUAUGCCCGUGAUUAAGGAGUCACAGCGCCCGGAGAAUGGAGAGGACUUCAGGACAUUGUCUCCGCAAUCCGAAUCUCGAAUCUCACAGGUGCUUCAGUGGUCGUCCCCGAGCUCCAACACAUUGGAGCAGGAACAGGGUCUAGCUGCUUUGGCCAGUGACACCGAAGAGAUUGCCAGGGCCAAAGUAGAUGCCGUUGUACGCCAUCGCAAGAUCGUUGAAUACGCAGAGCGCAUUCGGAUCGAAUACACCGUCCUGGUCGAGGAGUGUAUUACGGCUGCGUUGAGCAAAGCAGAGCGGAUUGCCGCGGGUCAACUCAGUGAUUCGUCUUGCUCCUCAGACGAAGAGAUGUCGCAGGACGCCGCUUUUGCCAGUGAUGCCGAUGUCAGCACCACCGGCGAGAGAGAGGAGUCAAUGCACAAUCCGAGUCAAGAGCCGCUGGCAGCUCAACCGUUCCCUGCAGCUCCCACCCCACGCAAGCCUGCGACGUCGGCCCUCACCAUGUCGAUGCGCAAUUCUCCUGAUCGUGCGCUGCUUGCGCAAGGCGAAAACCGAUCGCCCUCUGUCGCAAUAUCUACUGGAUCUAAUAGCCCCUUGGAAUGCCCGACUCCCCGAUCCUAUAAAAGUGCCGCUGGCCUGUUAGGCACAUCACAGCCCACCCGGCGGGGGCUUUCGCUGGCCGACAUUGAUGCCGGUGAUAGUAGCGAUAGCAGCAUGCCGUCAACGUCGGCUUUGGCCAGCGCCAUGCGAACGGAUUCACCUUCCUCUGAGAGGAGCUUUGACCGCAAACGUAGAAGCCUGGUGCUUCCAGGCCUGUCGAGUUCGCCCCGUCGGCAGCCUUCUCCUGCUCGGGUUUCUGGUCCUCAUUCCCCACUGAGAAUGCCGAAGCCUCGACUGUCUCAUGGCGCAGACAGUCUUCCUUCACCCAUCGUGUCUCCCUCUACCUAUGCUAGCGAAUUGGCACAUCAUCAUCUCCAUCACCGCCGCCAGUCCUCGGCUACAUCGUCAGACGUGGCCAAACCACCCCCAUCACCACGUCUACCCUCGGUUAGCCAGCAACCUCGUCCUGCGCCCCCGUCUAUCAAGGACUUUGAGAUUAUCAAGCCCAUCAGUAAAGGUGCCUUUGGUAGUGUUUAUCUGUCUAAGAAAAAGUCUACGGGUGAAUAUUUCGCUAUCAAGGUGCUGAAGAAGGCAGAUAUGAUUGCUAAGAAUCAGGUCACCAACGUAAAAGCCGAACGAGCAAUUAUGAUGUGGCAGGGUGAAAGCGACUUUGUCGCCAAGCUCUAUUGGACGUUUUCCAGCAAAGAAUACCUUUACUUGGUUAUGGAAUAUUUGAAUGGAGGUGACUGUGCUUCGCUGGUGUAG